AUGAUGAAAGACAACAAAACCUUUCAUUUGAUUAUGGAGAAGAAGACCUGGACUCAGGCUCAGAGCUACUGCAGACAGCAUCACACCGACCUGGCCAGUGGACUCGAUCAGAUAUACAGUGAAGAGUUUAAGAAGCUGCAGAACUCUACAGCUUUGUGGAUCGGCCUGUUCAGAGACAGCUGGAGGUGGUCAGAUGGGAGUAACUUCUCUUUCAGAUACUGGGACAUGGACUCAUUUAAUGAUGGACUAAACAACAGGAAAUGUGCUACGACUCUGUUAGAGAGAUCAGGAAGAUGGAGCUCUGCUGGAUGUGACCAAAGAAAGCCUUUCUUCUGCUAUGAUGAUAAGUUGAUUCUGAUCAGGGAAAACAAAACCUGGGAGGAAGCCCUGAAUUACUGCAGACAGAAACACCAUGACCUGGUUUCAAUCAGCAACCCUGAGGAGCAGGGAUGGGUCCAGGAAAGAGCCAAAAACGCCUCGACUCCUUUCGUGUGGCUGGGACUGCGCUACUCCUGCACUGCACGUUUGUGGCUUUGGGUCACUGAUUAUGUAGUGUGCUAUGAGAGGUGGGCUUCAGGGGGAAAGACUGAAGACUGUGACAUGUCUGCAGCCAUGACCACAGGAGGGCAGCACGAGUGGGUCAGUCAGAGGAAAAAUGAGACAUUUAAUUUUAUUUGUAUAAAACACUGAGGUUUAAAGUUAAAGUCACUUCUUAGCUGCACAUGUAGAUUUUCUGGGGUGAACUCUGUGUUUCUGCUCAGUGUUUACAGUCUCUGGGUUUGAAAUGGGAGAAAAAUGACCAACAGAUUAUUACCUGCAGGUUAGAUAUUUGCAGAGAGCAGUCUGUGUUUCAUUUCCUCUCCUUUACCAGAGUCAGGAACAUCUUGGUUUCUUCCUUCAUUGUUGCUGGAUUGGUUCAUUAUUAAACUGUAGCAGGAUAUUUGUUUUGAUUGAGUUCAGAUAUGUUGAUGGUUUGAAUGUUUCUGCUUCAUGUGCUGUAAAUCUUUGUAUCACACCUUUGUAUCCUCAGCUUGAAUUACAAAGCCUGUAACUAAAAGCAGGUAAAACCAUGUUUGUGUCAUGAUUCAUAUGAGCUCUAUAAUCUGAUCAUGUGUUCAUGAAGCCAAAUAAACCUUCAUUUAAC